AUGUUUUUUUUUUUUUUUUUUUACUUUUUUCUUUUUCUCUCUCUCUUUUUCAUCUCUUUCCCAUUCUCAUUUUUUAUCUCUUUUCUUUUUUCCUCUUAUUCUUUUCUCACUUUUCUUUACUCUUUUUCUUCUUUCCUAUUUUUCUUUUUACUUUUAUCCUACUUUUUCUUUUCCUUUUCUCUCCUUUUCUUCUCUUCAUUUUCUACCCUUUUCACCUUUUUCUUCUUUUUUCCUCUCUUCUUUUUCUCCUAUUUCUUCUCUUCUUUUUACUCCUUUUUUCUCCUUUUUUCUUUUUUUUCAUUUUUAUUCCCUUCCCCUAUUUUAUUCUUUUUUCUCUUCUCCUUUCUUCUUCUCUUCUUUCUUCUUCUCUUUUCUCCUUUCUUCUUUUCUCCUUUCUUCUUUUCUCCUUUCUUCUUUUCUCCUUUCUUCUUUUCUCCUCCUUUCUCCUCCUUUCUUCUUUUGCACAUAUUAAGUAGUCUCUUCCCUCUUAUUUUGUUGAAAGCAUUUGGUUCAUAUCCAGCAAGUGUUCCACCGUCAAAACAUCUGUCCGUAUCAACCAGUGUUCUUUAUUACAAACGAAGCCCUGAAUUUUCUUCCACCGGAACUCUAAGCUCCAGCAACCGACCAGAAUCACUUCUUGCCCUCAACACCAUCCCCGAAAAACGUCGCUCUUUUCUAGCUCCAGCUACACCCCAGCGGCCCAAGAGUACAAUAGGACUCCACAUGUCCUCCUCAUCAGCGUCUGGUCCAGCUAAACCGCGAGAGAUGAGAACUCCCAGGAAACCCCGUCCAGCCAGUAUAGCAGGGACGAUGCCUGGCUUUGUCCCCUUGGAUGUCCCCAAAUCCAGCACACCAAGGAGUAAGAGUUCAGAAAGAAUCUCAAAAGCAGACAAGCCUCGGAAUCGGUCCUCUACAACAGAUUCAGCCAAAUCUGACAAACUCCCUCCCACUCUUCUUUCUCUCUGGCUAUCUUUAGCCAUCUCACUCCCUGUCUCUCUUCUCUCUGGCCACCUUAGCCAUCUCAUUCUGUGUCUCUACUCUCUCUGCCAUCUCCUCCCUGUCUCUCCUCCUCCUCUGGUCACCUUAGCCAUCUCACUCCCUGUCUCUCCUCACUCUGGUCACCUUAGCCAUCUCACUCCCUCCAUCUCUCUCCCUGUCUCUCCUCACUCUGGUCACCUUAGCCAUCUCACUCCCUGUCUCUCCUCCUCUGGUCACCUUAGCCAUCUCCUCCCUGUCUCUCCUCCUCUGGUCACCUUAGCCAUCUCACUCCUGUCUCUCCUCACUCUGGUCACCUUAGCCAUCUCCUCCCUGCCAUCUCUCCUCCUCCUGGUCACCUUAGCCAUCUCACUCCCUGUCUCUCCUCACUCUGGUCACCUUAGCCAUCUCCUCCCUGUCUCUCCUCUGUCUCUCCUCCUCUGGUCACCUUAG